GCUGCUCCGUCUUCUUUGCUGCUUCUCAACACCGAACACAAGUUUCCUUGACAUCUAGUACUACUAUACACUACACAUCUCCUCCCCUUACCAACUACACACCACCAACUUCAUAAUGGAUAUCGCCAAGGGUGACCACAAGAAGGGUGCCAACCUUUUCAAGACCCGAUGCGCUCAAUGCCAUACCCUGAAGGAGGGUGAGGGCAACAAGAUCGGCCCCAACCUACACGGCCUCUGGGGCCGCAAGACUGGUCAGGUCGAGGGCUACUCAUACACCGAUGCCAACAAGCAAAAGGGCAUCACCUGGGACGACAGCACUCUGUACGAGUACCUCGAGAACCCCAAGAAGUACAUUCCCGGUACCAAGAUGGCCUUUGGUGGUCUCAAGAAGCCCAAGGACCGUAACGACUUGAUCCACUUCCUCAAGGAGGAGACCAAGUAAGCGUCAUCCACCCUAGACGCUCAUCAUACCCUCUCCGACCUGCCACGAACCUUCUGUAAUACCUUUUCGACCCAAAAUUCGUUUGGAUUGUAUCAACAUGGAUGAUAGACGAAUGAUGGAAACAGUGGGCGCAAUCGGGCGCAUCACUGUUUCGUGUAGAAUAUGUUUGUUGUAUUAUUUCCAGGGCGCUUUUCGACUUCUGGUGCAGUAUAGAGCCGGUUGGGGAUUUAGUGGCACGCUUGAAUACAAAUUCUCCUCUUCAAUUCAACAUACGACCUUGG